CUUCGUUCGAACUUCGACUCAAAAUGAAACCUCCUCUACGAAUAGCUAUCCUCGAGUGCGAUACUCCGCCGGAUGACAUCGUCGCUAGAUUCGGCAGAUAUGGCAAAAUCUUUCGCACGCUUUUGGAGACUGCUGCAGACGGCUUAGGGUCUGGGUUUUCGAAGAAUGACUUGGACCUGAGCGCAUAUGAUGUUGUCACUGAGCAGAAGUACCCCGACCUGGAGAGUAUAGAUGCUGUGCUGAUCAGUGGAUCAAAACACAACUCCUUCGAUAAUGAUCCAUGGAUCUUGAAACUCGUUGAGUUCACAGAGAAAUUGCUCAAGCAAGAUCGUAUUCGUAUUCUUGGGGUCUGCUUUGGACAUCAAAUCGUUGGACGAGCAGCCGGCGUCAAAGUAGGACGAAGCGAGGGGGGAUGGGAGGUAUCUGUGCUGCCUGUCGAGUUGACCGAAAAGGGCAAAGAGAUCUUCCAGCAAGACAGCCUAAGCAUCCAUCAAAUGCAUAGGGAUGUUGUUUUUGAGUAUCCAGAAGGCGUGGAGAAACUGGGCGCAUCACCACGGUGUCUUGUGCAGGGCAUGUACAAGAAGGGGAGGUUCAUCUCUGUGCAAGGGCAUCCGGAGUUUAACGAGGGUAUUGUGAGCUAUCUAGUGACGAUGAGGAACAAGCAGGGGAUCUUUAACACCGAGGAGGCCAAAGACGCGCUGGAUAGAGUGGGGAAGCACCAUGAUGGAGUGGUAGUUGCGAAGGCUUUCCUCCGGUUCUUGCUGGAAGAGUAAGGUUACAGUCCAGUCCCAUUUUGCAGACCGGGCGUGCUCCGAAGUGAAUCAAUCACGUGAAGGGAAUUUUGGAAGCGGAGAAAUGAGGUCAUCGCAGCGGUAUCCGCCGAGAUUCUCCCGUUGCAUUGCCCGAGGGCGGUAUAUGCGAGUUCUGUUUUGGGGCGGUCACAGUACCAUUCACGGAAGGUACCGUGAUAGAUAUACUAUAUUUGACGCAGUGUUCGAGAUAAUACGAAGUGGCGUGGGAUGGUGAAGUCCACGGGUAACGGGGCCCUAACCUGAAACGGCGACGCCUCUAUCGCCGCGUGCUACUAGGACUGGACCCUCGCAACGCUCCGCACCCAACACUUUCUUCAAUCCUUCCACGUCGCUCGUUACAAUUCUCCUCACUUUUCUCGUCGGCCGCGCCGCUUAUAUCGCAUUUCGCACUUUCGUCAGC